AUGAACAGAGUCACCUUCUACGAGGACAGGAACUUCCAGGGCCGCUCCUACGAGUGCAUGAGCGACUGCCCCGACAUUCAAUUCAAUUCAAUUCACCAGCGGUUGUCCUCCUACAUGAGCCGCUGCCACUCCUGCAGGGUGGAGCACGGCUGCUUCAUGGUCUACGACCGCACCAACUUCAUGGGGAACCAGUACUUCAUGAGGAGGGGCGAGUACUCCGACUAUCAGAGCAUGAUUGGCAUGAGCGACUGCAUAAGGUCCUGCCGCGUGAUCCCCAUGCACAAGGGCUCCUACAGGGCGAGGAUCUACGAGAGGGACAACUUCCAGGGUCAGAUGCACGAGCUGAUGGAGGACUGCGAGAACUUCAUGGACCGCCACAGCAUGUCCAACUGCCAGUCCUGCAACGUGAUGGACGGCCACUGGCUGAUGUACGAGCAGCCCCAGUACAGAGGAAGGAUGAUGUACAUGAGGCCCGGAGAGUACAGGAACUUCAGCAUGGGCGGCAUGAGCGGCAUGAGGUUCAUGAGCAUGAAGCGCAUCACCGAUUCCUGCUACUAG